CUUUAUCUCACGCUUCAGAAAGCAAGUGUUAAGCUAAGAGUAGUUACUUUUACUGUAGGCAACUAAACAGUCAUGUGGUUCCUCCUUUUAACACCUUUUUUAAUUUUCUUUCCAGAUUCUGGAAAAGCUUUUCAUCUGCCUUCGGACACAGAUCAGCAAGCGGUUCUUUUGGAUGAUUACCCGGAUUCCAAUAUCUGUCAGACAUCUGGAUGCGUCAAAGCAGCUGCUGAUAUCUUGUCUAGUUUGGACGAAUCCGUAGAUCCUUGUAGCGACUUUUAUCAGUUUGCUUGCGGUGGAUGGCUGAAAAGUCAUGAAAUUCCCGAAGACCAAUCCGCGGUUUCCACAAUGUCCGGACUUCAAGAUGAUCUGGAUUUAAAACUCAAGUCUCUCUUAGAAAAAGAGUUGACAGGAACCGAACCUGAUUUCAUCCGGAUGUUAAAAUCUGUAUACGACAGUUGCAUGGAUUUAAAAAGCAUCGAAAAGGCAGACAGUGUACCCUUGAAGAAGGCAUUGAGAGACCUCGGUGGCUGGCCGGUAGUAGAAGGUGAAAGCUGGGAUGAAACUUCCUUCGACUGGAUCGACACUCUAAUUCGUUUCCGCAAGAUGGGCUAUGGUUUCAAGUCUUUAAUGGAGUUUUCUAUCUCUGAGGAUUACAAGAACAACACGGCUUAUAUCUUAGGGCUGGAUCAAGCAAAAUUAGGAAUGCCAGAUCGUGUAUACUUUUUGCAUGGAUUAGAUGAUCCCGUUACGACUGCUUACUUCAAUUUUAUGGUAAAAGCAGCUAACAAACUGGGUGCAGAUGAAGAGACAUCGGAAGCCGAACUCCGGGAAGUUCUCAGAUUCGAAACUAUGCUCGCCACUAUCUCGACGCCAAAAGAGGAAAGACGAGACUAUAACAGUAUGUAUCAUAAAUACACAGUUAAGAAGCUUAUGGAGGAAAUACCACAGAUUGAUUGGCUGAAAUAUAUCAAUGGAUUGUUGAAUGAUGAAAUAUUUGAAAAUGAAACUUUAAUUGUUUCUGAUCCAAAUUUCGUCGUCAAAUUUGCUGAUCUGAUCACAGAAACAAAUAAAAGGGUGGUAGCCAAUUACAUGAUCUGGAGGGCUGUUCAAGGAGCUACGAUAGAUUUAUCUUCAGAGUGGAGGGCACUAGCUCAGGAAUACGUCUCUGUAAUUUCUGGAAACAAGCAAGAAGCGCCACGAUGGAAAGAAUGUCUUUCUUUUAGUGAUGGCCUAAGUAUUGCUCUCAGUUCCUACUAUGUGCGCGAGUACUUCAAAGAAGAAAGCAAGCACGCUGCGCUAAACAUGGUUAAAUAUAUUCAUCAAGCAUUCUUAGAUAUUCUCGAAAAUGUAGACUGGAUGGAGAAAGAAACAAAACGACAAGCCAUAGAAAAGGCCCUUACUAUGAAGCCAUAUAUUGGAUAUCCUCAAGAGCUUCUGAAUGAUUCAUUUAUAUCCGGUUUAUACGCAAAUUUGAAACUCAAUGGAGAAAGUUAUUAUGAAAACGAAAGGAAAAUAAGAAAGUGGGAAAAUGAUUUAGAAUUCUCUGAACUUCGGAAACCUGUCAUAAAAGGAGACUGGAGGAAACACGCGGGUGCUGCUGUUGUAAAUGCCUUUUAUAGCCCAUUGGAGAAUAUUAUUGAUUUUCCUGCUGGUAUUUUACAGCAUCCCUUAUUCAACAAAGAUCGACCAAACUACUUGAAUUUUGGAGCCAUAGGUUACGUGAUUGGUCAUGAAAUUACUCAUGGAUUCGAUGAUACAGGUCGGCAGUUUGAUAAAAAUGGUAACAACGUGAACUGGUGGGACCAGACAACAGAUGAGCUAUUCAAAAAGAAAGCGCAGUGUAUUAUAGAACAGUACGGUAAUUACACUGCUGAAAAUGGUAUGAAGCUAAAUGGCAUUAACACACAAGGAGAAAAUAUAGCUGACAAUGGAGGUCUGAAAGAAACUUAUCUGGCAUAUCAGCAAUGGGUAAGAGACAAUGGAAGAGAGCCAAGGCUACCGGGGCUGAAAUAUACGCAAAAUCAAUUAUUAUGGAUCAGUGCAGCUAACGCGUGGUGUCAGAAAAUAAGACCAGAAGUUCUGUCGAUGCUCAUUAUUUCUGAUGAACACAGCCCAUCAAAAUUUAGAGUGAACGGGCCAGUGUCUAAUCUACCAGAGUUUGCGGAAGAAUUUCACUGUUCUUCAAAUUCUCCAUUGAAUCCAGAAAACAGAUGCAAAGUUUGGUAACAUAACGAAUUUCACAAAUCGGAACAUUUUGAAGCGUUUCAGUAUCACAAUUUUCUACAUACCUUACAGUGUUACAAAUAUAUGUUUCACCUACAAAUGUCUGGAUGUAAUCUGCUUCAGCUUACAGAUCUAUAGUUAUUAUUAAUUCCUUUUUUCUAAAUAAAAGUGAAAUGUUUUUGUACCAA